GGAGAAAACCCCAUAAAACAAGAGUAUAUAUACCAGUAUAAAACGUUUGACUUCGCUCUUGUCAACGGUUUCCCCGAUCAAUUAACCCAAUAAAGGUUCCCUCUCACUAGACAAUGUUUGGGCAGAAAAAGUAACCCUCAGAUACCGGGAGAUAUCUCUCGCUCUCUAUGAACAAUAUUAUGGGACUUUCCGGCUCUGGUGAAAUUAUUUUGACCGCGUGUAAAGCUCGCAGAGUUGCAAAAAAGCACACAGAGUGGAGCACUCUUAAGCAUUUUGUUGUCUCAAGAGCAACAGAAGACGUCGAAAAUGAUAACGAUAGCUUACCAAAUUUGGAGGAUUUAAUGGGUGUUUGGUCUUGAAUUCUACAAGUUUUUGUUAUAAGCAUGACCACCUACUGUUCGAUUUGUUUGUACGUGAGACCAAGGGUUCCUUAGUAGCUUAUCAUUUCGGUUCGAUUUGAUUUCAUAUUUAUAUUUUAUAUACAUAUGUGUAAGCCAAUGUGUUGGAAUCAAAAUAAAAUACUCUUAGAAGUUACUGGAAUCGAAAAAAAAUUUCAUUGAAUAUUUGAAAUUUUAUAUAUAAAAUUGAUAGCAUUGUUUAUCUAAUCAAUGUGUGCAAAUGUUAAAAUUAAAAUAUUAGAUAGUGACUUUGAUUCUUUCAUAGAUUGACAAAAACACCAACCAUCAACCUGAGUCAGCAAUUUGAUACCGACAAAAAAGGCAAUUAAGUAUUAAUGCAUUUGAAUUUAGUUUCCCAUUUUACUUCCAAAAUGUGGGGCCUGCAUUUAUUUUAUUUAAACCAACAAUGAAUCCGAUAAUUCUGAUAUUGGUUUAAUAAACAGUUUUUUUUUUUUUCAAUUAACACUUUUGCAUCGUAAAUUAUAAAAUCUUUUAAAUGUCAUUGCACAAAUUAUUAUUAUUAUUAUUGCCGAGUAGAUAAGAUUGGAAUAAUGGUCUGCAAAACGUGACAAGGCUCUAACCCAAAACGUGUCUGAUUUUCUAAAUUUCUGAUUUCAUGUGGUACCAUGAAAUUAGGAAACAUCGAACUGGACAAUCGACGUCAGUUUCUACGCGAGCUGGGCGCCAGUCGUAUGUUGGCUAACUCCCUGGCGAAGCGCAACUUCAACCUGCGCCAAUUCCAGCGACAGAGGUACCGCCUUAGUGUUGAGCUGGGUGAUGAUCAUCAGGACGUGGUUGAUAAGGAGGUGCUGAGAUCAAUCGAAGAGGCGGUGGAGAACCCAGGCGGUGGUCAAUCACGUCCUCGCACUCCUUCGCCGCCGCGGAACAUCGAUUGGAACGAUAACCAGGCUAAUUUCCCGGGAAAUAAUGACCGAUCACGUCCGAGGAAUCGUCCGAGGCAGGACAACAUCCAAGGCCGCAGAAACAACACUCAGGAAUUUGUGGAGCAGCGUCAACCGGUGCGGGAGCCAAAUAAUAGAAAUUCUGGACCAAUUCGUGACGUCAAUCGCGGUAACCCCAGAGGAAAUCCUGAAGAAUUCAAUCGAAACAAUCGAAGUAACAACUUUGGUAAUCAAAAUAACACCCAUCAAGAGCAACCGCCGAGAGACAACAGUCGGCGGUUUGCUGAACACCAUCAACCGAUACGGGGGCCAAUCAAUAAGAAUUCUGGACCCGUAAAUGGUCCCAUCAACCGUAAUCGGGAUGCUGAAGGAUUUAAUCGAAACAACAAUCGAAAUGCGAAUCCCCAAGAAUUCCAUCGUAAUAAUCGUAAUGUCAGUCAACAGGAAUUUAAUCGGACUAAUCGAAAUGCACCGGAAAUUAAUCGAAAUGAAAAUUCAAAUGCUCAGCAAUUUAAUCGUCCCAAUAGGAACGUGAAUCCGCAGGAAUUUAAUCGCUCUAACAGAAAUUCAAACGCUACUGUGGGUGCUGAAGAAUAUAACCGAAAUGCGAAUAACAAUAGAAACUUUCGCAAUAAUCGUAAUGCGAAUCAGCAGGACUUCAAUCCUAAUUAUUCGCAGGGAAAUAAUCGUAAUGAUUUCAAUGAUGAGUUUCAUCAAAAUGAUCGUAAUAUCAACAGUGUUGAGUUUAAUCGAAAUAAUCGUAAUAUUAGCAAUGACGAAUUUAAUCAGAUGGAUGUGGACGAUCAACCAAACAUCGAUGAUUAUCCACAAGGAAAUCAAAUUAACCGUUAUGCAAAACCCAAAAUUUAACCGAAAUACAAAUCCCGAGGAAUAUAAUUUCAACAAACAGAAUGAAUAUCCUCAGGGAUCAAAUCGAAACACCAACAAUCGUGGUCAAAUGGCAAACAGAGGUAAGCCCUCA